ACGAGUCCGGACGGAGGAGGGAGAGAGCCAUGACUUUCCGCACACUCUGCCUGCAUCUGCCCAUCUUCGUGCUGCUGCUCACACUCCUUUCCCUUUCAGAUGUUUCCAGUGAGAGCAAACUUCACAGGCUCCUGAAAAAAAGAGACGCACCAGGCGAGAACAGAGCCAUGCCAGCAGACAUGGUGGUGAUGCCCUCCAAGGCCAAAGAGUUCCUGACGUCUCUGAAAAGGUCCAGGAGGAACAUCUGGGACCGGAGCCGACCGGACGUGCAGCAGUGGAUCAUGCAGUUCAUGUACAUGGGCUUUGAUGAGACGAGACUGGAAGCGGACCUGUCAUACUGGAUGGACCAUUCCCGGGCCACUGACCAGGGUCGGCAGCACCAUUACGAUGAGAACUCACCGAUCGGACCCCGUGACCGCGGCGCCUACAGGCACGGCGCCAACGUCAACUAUGACUACUACUAAAGCAGCAGUCGCACCCCCCCCCC